GCCUGGUGGAGUCGGGCCUGGUGGUGCCGGUACUGGCUAUGGACCUGGCGGAGUUGGGCCGGGUGGUGCUGGAACUGGCUAUGGACCUAGCGGAGUCGGGCCUGGUGGUGCCGGUACUGGCUAUGGACCUGGAGGAGUCAGGCCAGGUGCUGCAGGGACUGGAUCAGGGGUUGGUUUUGGUCCAGGUGGUGUUGGUACUGGACCAGGGGGAACAGCAACUGGGACUGGGGGGUAUGAUGCCAGUGCAAAAGCUCGCAAAUAUGGCAUGCUAAGUGGAGCGCUUGGAGUUCCAGGAUCUGGAGGAGUGGGUGGUGCCGGUACUGGCUAUGGACCUGGUGGAGUCAGGCCUGGUGGUGCUGGAACUGGCUAUGGACCUGGCGGAGUUGGGCCCGGUGGUGCUGGAACUGGCUAUGGACCUGGCGGAGUUGGGCCCGGUGGUGCUGGAACUGGCUAUGGACCUGGCGGAGUUGGGCCCGGUGGUGCCGGUGCUGGCUAUGGACCUGGUGGAGUCAGGCCUGGUGGUGCUGGAACUGGCUAUGGACCUGGCGGAGUCGGGCCUGGUGGUGCUGGCUAUGGACCUGGCGGAGUUGGGCCCGGUGGUGCUGGAACUGGCUAUGGACCUGGCGGAGUUGCGCCUGGUGGUGCCGGUGCUGGCUAUGGACCUGGUGGAGUCGGGCCUGGUGGUGCCGGUACUGGCUAUGGACCUGGUGGAGUCGGGCCGGGUGGUGCUGGCUAUGGACCUGGCGGAGUCGGGCCUGGUGGUGCUGGAACUGGCUAUGGACCUGGCGGAGUCGGGCCUGGUAGUGCCGGAACUGGCUAUGGACCUGGCGGAGUCAGGCCAGGUGCUGCAGGGACUGGAUCAGGGGUUGGUUUUGGUCCAGGUGGUGUUGGUACUGGACCAGGAGGAACAGCAACUGGGACUGGGGGGUAUGAUGCCAGUGCAAAAGCUCGCAAAUAUGGCAUGCUAAGUGGAGCGCUUGGAGUUCCAGGAUCUGGAGGAGUGGGUGGUGCCGGUACUGGCUAUGGACCUGGUGGAGUCGGGCCGGGUGGUGCUGGUACUGGCUAUGGACCUGGCGGAGUCGGACCCGGUGGUGCCGG